UUAUGUAACCUCCGAUCGGACCACCUCGGCAAACGGUGAGUGAACCUUCGCUCUACAACCACUUCAUAGAUCCGCUGUAUCUUACCGGAUUGGAGACAUUGGGGCGUCUGGCAAUCUUCCCUUGCCCGUAAUGUCUAUGUCAACGUCUCGGUGUGCUUUGCGACUGCUUCCGCGGUAUGCGAGGGCAACAACAUUAGCGGCGACGAGCAUCCGUCGGCCGUUGCCGACAUGCAAUGGCAGACGACUGGUCUCGUCAAUGAGCCUGGAAGGCCAGCAGCAGCUUCUCUCUGGACAUCUCCAACAAGCGGACCCGGCUGUGUACGACAUCAUAGAGAAGGAAAAAAAUAGGCAGAAGCACUUUAUCAACCUCAUUCCUUCCGAGAACUUCACCUCUCAGGCAGUCCUCGAUGCCUUGGGUAGUGUGAUGCAAAACAAAUAUUCGGAAGGGUACCCGGGUGCGCGAUACUACGGCGGAAACGAGUUCAUAGAUCAGGCGGAGCGGCUAUGUCAGCAGCGGGCUUUGGAGGCCUUCGGCCUGGAUGCUUCGCAGUGGGGAGUCAACGUCCAAGCGCUUUCGGGUGCCCCCGCAAAUCUUUACGUUUACUCUGCCCUGAUGGAUACUCACGAUCGACUGAUGGGUCUUGACUUGCCGCAUGGCGGCCAUCUCUCACACGGUUACCAAACCCCAAGCAAGAAGAUCUCCGCCGUGUCGAAGUACUUCGAGACCGUACCUUACAGGUUGGACGAGGCGACGGGUGAAAUCGACUAUGCCAAACUCGAGGAGCUGGCCGCUAUCUACAGACCCAAAAUCAUCGUAGCCGGCGCUAGUGCAUAUUCAAAGCUCAUCGACUACAAGCGCAUGCGAGAAAUCUGCGACAAGGUCAACGCAUAUCUUCUUGCCGAUAUGGCACAUAUUUCAGGUCUGGUCGCCGCCAAGGUCUUGCCCGGUCCGUUUGGUUAUUCCGACGUGGUCACCACUACCAGUCAUAAGAGCUUACGGGGACCUCGCGGGGCUUUGAUCUUCUACCGGAAGGGCGUUCGUCGCCAGAACUCUAAGACGAAGGAGGACGAGCUGUACAAUCUCGAAGGUCCGAUUAAUGCUUCCGUCUUCCCCGGUCACCAGGGCGGCCCCCACAACCACACCAUCACGGCAUUGGCUGUCGCUCUCAAGCAGGCACAGACCCCUGAAUUUCAAGCCUACCAGGCGCAAGUACUUUCCAACGCGAAAGCACUCGCUCGUCGCCUUGGCGAGCCGAAGGAGCAAGGGGGCCUGGGCUAUAAGCUGGUGGGUGGUGAAACCGAGAACCACCUGGUGCUCGUGGAUCUCAAGCCCCAAGGGAUUGACGGGAGUCGCGUUGAACGUGUUCUCGAACUUGUCGGCGUGGCCGCCAACAAGAACACCGUUCCUGGCGAUCGCUCUGCUCUGGUGCCCGGAGGCCUUCGUAUCGGCACACCUGCGAUGACGACCCGAGGUUUCGGCGAAGAGGACUUUGCUCGCGUAGCCGACAUAAUCGACCGUGCCGUGACUAUUGCGGUCCGAAUCGAUAAGGCAGCCAGGCAAGCGGCGGCCGAGCGUGGCGAAAAGAAGCCCGGGCUGCUCCGUAUCUUUAUGGCACACCUGGGCAACGGUGAUGCGGACCCUGAGAUUGUCCAAUUGCGGUCGGAGGUUUCUGACUGGGUUGGCACUUAUCCUUUGCCCUGGGUCUCCGAGCGCUAAGAAGAAGAAGACGGCCAUCAAUAGUAACCUCAGAGGGACCGAGGCAAUGUCGCUAUGAGAUGUGGAAAUCAGCAAGUAGCUUAGGUAUUGGGCGUUUUGGAGUGGUUCUUUGGUCAUCUGGUUCCGUAUCCUAGUGUCAUGAAAGAAUUUCAGAUCGUUCCGGGAUUUUUGUAGCUUACAACUCUCGUGUCAGUCAGUAGGGCCCAUCGUUACUGAUGAGCCCUUGCCUGAUUGUUCGUGCUUGCGCUGACACUUGAAAACCAUUAUUAUGAUGACGCGUAUGGUCAUUUCCCCGUGCCGGACAAGUUGCUCACCCACCAAUU